ACAUUAUCUGGAAACUUUUUAGCGAAUAUUUAGGCCUGUUAAUGGUCCAGUAUGUACUCGUUGUCAGACCUAAGUUUGCAAAACAGAUAAUGCAUCAAGUAGAAAUGACAUGUCUUUAAUGUACAUAGCUUCCCCCUCAGACAAAUCUCAGGAGUUGUUCAGAAAAGGAACAACUCGUUUGUCGAGUACUGGUGUAUCUACAUGGUAAUCUAAGACCCAAGAAUGAACUCGACAUUAUCGGCUGAUGGCAGCGACGCAGAAACAGUCAGUUUUGAAGUCGUUGGUGUUGAUCUCCUUGUCUUCGUGAUUCUUGAUUACUCUCUAGGAACAAUAAUCAUGGUCACAAAUGGCUUCCUCUUCUUCACAAUUUACCGCGAUCCCUGUCGAUGUUUGCGGACCCCGUCUGUGUUCCUCAUCGCCAAUCUUUCAGUCGCGGAUUUUUUCGUUGGAGUUGUGAGCUUUCUGAGAGGUGCUGAGUUAACUUACUUCUACCGUGGUUUGGGGGACCUGCUCAUUCUGAAUCUGGUUGAAUAUUUUAUCGGAGCUGUUUCGAUUCUCGCCGCUGUUUCCACUCUCAUGGCGAUGUCGUACGAACGUUACGUGGCAGUGAUCAAACCUUUCCAAUAUCCACAUAAAAUCACUAACAAAAAAGCCAAGAUUGCUAUCGCAGUAACUUGGAUAAACGGAUUAAUUAUGUCUGUUCUUCCCAUAGCUGAUGUGAAAAAGAAGAACUUUCUGCUAGCUUACUGCUACUCCCAUUUCGUGAUUCCAUCAUCUGUUCUAACAGCAGUUUAUGUGAAAAUAUACCGCGCGAUUUUCCGUCAGAGCGAGGAACUUAGAAAUGUCCGCGCAAGUCUCACAGCGGCCAACAGAAGGAAACAACUCGAGAGAGAGAACAGGAUGGUUAUCACGUUUGCGAUGAUCCUUUUGGUGUUUUUCCUGUCAUUUAUACCUUAUUUUAUUCACGUGCAGAUUUUGUAUUUUUGUUCCUGUCGAAACACGUAUUCGUACAAAGUAUAUUACUUGGUUGCGAACGAAUUUCUCUCCGUAAGCUCCAUGAUCAAUCCUUUCAUGUACGCCUGGAGACUUCCAAAGUUCAACCACUCGUUACGUUCAUGGUUCCGACACAGGCGACUGACUAGAAAUGUCGUGGUGGCGUGGAAUGGAGCGAAAUGUAACGAAAACCCGGUGAUUGGCUGAUGAAGAAGGCUGUCAAGGAGCAUGAUUACGUCAGUGCGUAAUAUUUAGGACAACUAACGAUUGAGUUUCGUAAGCCGAAACAAAGUAUUCACAACAGCCAAUCAGAACUCUGUUAAACAAUACAGAGCCAAUCAGAACACUUUGUGCGUUGAUUGCGGUCUCAGCUCAAUAGUGCUGGCUCAUCCUUGUUUAAACCGUACAUUGAAGCUGCUCUUCGCUGUCAUUAUGAAAUUUUAAAGUUAUAAUCUAGUUAUGAUCUAAAAUAAGGUCCGGCAAUAUGGCAGUUUCUUUUUUCCGUUACAUUAACUGAUUUUCAGAUUUACAUCGAAUUCUGAUCUCCUAACCGGGUGUUAACUCAUAGGCUGAAACAAUCUGUUAUUAUACAUAGUUUAAAGGGGUUAAAACAACUAAAGAAAAACUUAGGCAGGUGAGACGAAGAGCCGUUUGAAACAUUGGUUUUAACGCACAUUCAAAAUUUACGCCAGGGUAAUUAACAUAAACUUCUUAGCCCAUGCAAAACAAAUGGUGCAUGCGAUCGAAUUUGAGUUCAAUCCGGUAAGUUUCAAUUAAGGGAAAUUCAACAGCUAUUGUCUUGAAAUAUAGCACGAUACCAUUUUUUGCCGAUACAGCGUUACUUAAGCUAAAAGUUAGAUGAUAAAAAUGCGGUUUGGUCCGUCAUUGCCGUAAACCAUGUAACUAAUUUGC